GAGCGGCAGCGAGCAGCCCCCCGGCCCCACCGCCCGCACCUGCCCCGCGCCACCCCGGCGCCUGGAGCUCGCCUGCGGAGGAGUCCAGACGCCCAGCAGGUUUCUCUGAAACCCUGACCCUCUGUGGGAAAGCUGACUGGAGUGUAAUUGUAGCAGGUGCUGUACCAACUGGGUGUACCCCACACACAUUUAACAGCAUCUCCAAGACACUGCAAAAGAGCUCUCAGGAUGCCAGAGCCAGCAAAGUCAACCUCAGCCCCCAAAAAGGGCUCCAAGAAGGCCGUGACAAAGACGCAGAAGAAGGGCGACAAGAAGCGCCACAAAAGCAGGAAGGAGAGCUACUCCAUCUACGUGUACAAGGUGCUGAAGCAGGUGCACCCUGACACGGGCAUCUCCUCCAAGGCCAUGGGCAUCAUGAACUCCUUCGUCAACGACAUCUUUGAGCGCAUUGCUGGCGAGGCCUCGCGCCUGGCGCACUACAACAAGCGCUCCACCAUCACCUCGCGGGAGAUCCAGACGGCCGUGCGCCUGCUGCUGCCCGGCGAGCUGGCCAAGCACGCCGUGUCCGAGGGCACCAAGGCUGUCACCAAGUACACCAGCUCCAAAUAGCUCUGUGGCUGUCCCCUCUGCAGCGGCACCAUCGAGCGCAGGGCCCUCCAUGCCAGCACAGGCAGGCAGCCAUGGUCUGGGUGAAUGGUCACAGCUAUUGUCCACAGCAAUCUGCAACUGGGGAUGGGCAUGGGAAGCUGCCCAGAGGAGGAGGAGACAGUGAUCUGGAUAUCAGCUGGUUUCCAUCAUCUGCUCAGGAUGUGGGAAGGACCUGCCGAGGCUGGCAGUGGAGGCCCCUGCUUUUACAUCUCAUUCAAAGAACUGACCAGCCAUGGUUUAUCCAGUCUCCUCUGUGCUUGGCUAACAUUCCUGUUUGGCACUGGGACUGGGGGACUGGCAGCAGCAACAAAGAGACACCCUCACUGAAGUCUUCCUGUUUGACCACUUUCUCACAGUCAUCUGAUAUGGGUACUGAGGAGUCAGCAUCCUCUCCCUCAGAGCUCGAAUCCCUCCUGGUGUGCAGUGCCUCAGCCCACCCCGUGCUGGCAGAAGUGGCAUCAGCAGCUCCCAGGCACAUAUUGAUUCAACAGCUAUUUGUGCUUGACAGCCUGUUUUAAAGAGCAAACCUGGCAGGCAGGCAGAUGCCCACGUUGAUAGCAAGCACUAAUCCUCCUCCUUGCUCCUGAUGGAUGAGCCAUGGAGCAGGAUGAGGGUGCUGGAGCUGCCCACUGCCUCCCACCUUGUGCUGAGGUGGAGGGAUGGACAAGUGGGAUGUUGGGAGUGGGUCUCUGUCUUUCCUGGCUGCUGCUUUGCCUGCCUUAGGACUUGCUUUGGCAUGCAAGACAUUGCUAAUUCUGCUGCUUUUUCAGAGACUUUUCCUGCCUUGAUGCUGCCUGGGUGUUCCCUUCCACCAUAAGUGUGGGCAAGAUGGGGUGGUGCCCAUGGGGGUCCCCUCUCCUGUGAGCAAUAGGAUGGUGCAGGACAAACAGCACAGAUGUUGUGGGCAGGGACUGAGGAUUUGGGAAGCAUCUGGUGUGGGAGCACAGGUGGUCAGUGCAUUUUGAGGGGUGGGAGGAAGCUGGAUCCCCUCAGAGAUCGCUGCAGGCAGCUCGCCUGGCCCUGCCCUCCCUAAUUCAUUCAGCAGUUAGAAAGCAAAAGCAAAACUGGGGGCUGGGUGGAUAUAUAGGGACACUUACCUGCAUCCCAGAUAUUUAAAAGAUUAAAUACUUUUAAACUAUUUCAGAUAGUCCCCUUAUCUUUUCAAAGUCCACAGUAAGGUGAGCAAUAAUAAAAUCAUGAUAAAGCCAUAGAGGUUAAGGGAGGAAUGUCUUGGUUACAGGUUUAUCAUGCCCAGACUGCUGGAUAACAGAAGGGCCUGUGUAGAACUGGUGUGAAGUUGAAGCUUCCUACUCAAACCACAAAAUUAGCCAACAUUAAAAAAAUUCAAAGCCUCUGGUAGGCAGUAACAUUCAAACAAAAAAUAUUCAUGUCUAAAAUAACAACAGCUUUCUGCACUUACUCUGUAAAUAAAAGGAGCAGUAAGGAGAUAGGAUCCAGAACUAAGUGCAGAUUCUCCCUAAGCUUCAGGACCUUGCUUUUAAUUAAAAGGUAAAUUCAUAUCCCAAAAUAGCAGCCAUGCAGUACAUUUCUAUCUUUCCCCUGCCUUUAUCUCUAUCCUAUUUCUUUACACUUUGAGAGUGAUUGGGACCUUUGGCAAAUUUAUGUUGCUUUUGGAGCUGUAGGACUCUGCAGCUGCAGAAGAUUCUCAUUGCAGUCAUUUUUCCAGCUGGUCUGAGGCAUAGCCCUGCUCAGAAGCCUGGGAGCAGCCUGGGGUCUCUGUGCAAGAGUGAAGGUCAGUUUGUUUGUGGGCUGCUCACACACCCCUGCUCUGGGUGUCAGCACCCCACACUUGGGAGGGGGCCAGGGGCCACAUCUCCCAGGAUCACCUCCCACGCUCUGCUCAGUGCUACCACACAGCUGUGUCUCAUAGCCUGGUGCUGACAGCUCUCAGAAAGAACCAAACCCAUCUCCCUGGCUGCCAGCACCCACAAGGAGCAGCUGCCAGCAGCAGCACCUGUAUUCAGUGUCAGUGGCAUUGGUAACCUGGGCCUCUUGGCCAGGACACUGUGCAGGUGACAGCUCAGUACUCCCUUUUGUUUCCAGUCAGUCAGAAUCUGAUACCAAAGAUGAGCAUGUACCUGCAGUGGGCCCGGAGCCACCAUCCUUGACACCUCUGCCACAAGAAUCCAGGCAGUGGAUGAUGCACCAGGGGCACUGCUGGGAGUGAAGGGCUGGGUGGCAUUGCUGGAGCUUUCUUCUUCUGUCCCUGUGAGCUGCAGGUCAGAAUUCAUCCCUUUGAGGAGCUCUCUUGAAGGCAGGAAUUCAGAGUGGAAUGAGCCCUCUCCAGUCUAAGCAGUGUGUUUGAGCCAGGACACAUCUCCUAGGAUCACCUGGCACAGCCUCUAAACUCUCACUAUUUGAGCAGAGUCCCACUUGAGUCUCCACAGCUGCAAGAAAUCAAGAAAAUAAAAUUAGGGUUUGGCCCUCCAGGGUCUCCUGGGCAGCUCAGGAGCCAGGAAUGAGGCUGGGCACUCAGAUGAGAGCUGCUCGCUCCAUACUCAGAGUACUGGUCCCAUUUUCUUCUGCCACUGUUGUCAUUCUCCAUUUUUGGAGAUUGUUUCAGAGAGGAGAACCAGUGAUUUAAAUAUACAAAAAUACUUGAAGGCUUAAAGAAAACUUUUAUAUUGUCUAAAGCCAAAUGACUGAGGCUGAUCAUGUCCAUGCAUUUAUAGUUUAGGUUGUCCUUUUAUGCAUCAUUUGCUCUUCACUGUCCAUUUGUAAUUUUUUUCACUCACUCCUGACAAUGUGAAGCGCAGGAUUGAAGAACUGAUCCAUGUUAAAACAAAACUUUUUUUUUUUUCCCUUUCUUUCAAGCUUUGUUUUAACCCUGUUCUGGUGGCUGCUCUGUUCUGUCAUACAUUUGUGCCAGCAAAGGGAAGGGAUGAUCGAGGAAGGGCAAGGCUGGUAUAAGCUAGGACUGACACAGAAAGCGUUUGGGAAGUCAAUGUACAGGACACCAUCCACACAUCCAAAUGGGAAUUAGUUUGCAUGUGAUAACCUUGGGCUGAGCCUUAAUAUUAGAGGCAACAGAAGGUGGUCUGAAAGUUCAAGGCUUGAUUGUCCUGUAAGUAGUCUGAGGUGUGACAUACUUCACAGUUUCCUGGUAAGGAGAUUUGCUGCAGAAGAUGGAUUCUGCACUACAGGAUCAGUGCUUUUAAAGAAUACAUAUUUCCAGCUCUGGAAUUGAGAAAAUGUUUUAAAAGUGAAGAUACCAAGAUACCAAGCCCCACUAUCCCUACCUGAUCCCCUCUGCAGUCCCAAAAGCAUCUCUGGGCCAUGCCUGUGUUUUGCCAACUCAAGUAAAUCAACUACAGAUUGAAAGUUGGAAAGGAAGAUGAAAAAGGUAAUACAGCUUUGAUACUAACCUCAUAUUAACCCCAAGGAUAUCACUGUAAUUGUUAUUUGUUAUUUGUUUUCAUGUACAAUUUAAAAGAGAAAACAAGCUGCUAUAGAUCUGAUUUUCCACCCUGCUUCCCCAGAAGGGCCUAAAGUCCAUCAGCCUUUCACAGCAGAGUUCAGCCUGUAGAGGAGCUGAGUGUGGAGGCUUGCUCCUGCUCAGGACUGACAGGUUUUUAGUCAAGCUUGGGGAAAAUGAGCAAAAACCAGUGUGGAGGAUGAGUGCCUGUCCUGGGCACAGCUGUGUGCCCCACAAGGGCACUGAAGAGUCCUGCCCAGUGGAGCUGUGUGGCCUGUGCACCCUUCACUCUGGUGAGAGGCAGCCCCAAGUCCUGCCACCCCUGGAGCAGAGCUUGGCAUGGCCUCUGCAUAGCCCUGAGCUUCUGUUCCAUCACAGCAUGUCCAGAGGGUUUACAUCCAGACCAAAUUGUUUGCAGGCAAAGGAAGAAUGGGAACUGAAUAAUAGAAAUCACUUAGUGACAGAAUUUGGAGGGUUUCCUGGGACCACCACCUGGGGAGCAAUCUUUCAUGCUUACUCCAUGCAUGGUAUCUCUUGGGCUUAUGUACACAGAGUUUUUCUGACAGUAAGUGUUACAUCAAGUAUGAUCCAUGUUAAAUUGCUGCUGGGUUAUGACUUUAGUGCUAAUUACCUGCUUUCUGUUAAGUGUCUAAAUAAAAUGUAACUUCCAUCCUGUUGGAAGUCAGUGGUA